AUGCGCUCGUCGGCGUCGACGCCGUCCCUUCGCUCGCGAGAUGGGACACUGCCGCAGCACCUGAGGGUGGACAAUGGAGGCAAUGUCAGAGUCGUCGUUCGUGUGCGGGCUUUUCUACCCAGGGAGACCAAAAGAGACGCAGAGUGCCUCAUCAGCAUGGACCCAAUCACACAAAAGACGACACUCCACGUCCCCGACGACAACGAUCCAGCCAAUGCUCGUGCGAAGAGCAGAAAAGUGAUCGAGGAGAAGUCAUUCACAUUUGACAAUUCGUUUUGGAGCCACGACACAAAGGACAAGCACUAUGCUCACCAGGAAGACGUCUACAACAGCCUGGGCGAGGAAUUCCUCGACCACAACUUUGAAGGCUACCACACGUGCAUCUUCGCCUACGGCCAGACUGGCUCGGGAAAGUCGUACACCAUGAUGGGCACGCCAGACCAGCCAGGACUGAUCCCCAGGACCUGCGAGGACUUGUUCCAGCGGAUCGAGCAGGCGCAGGACGAGACGCCAAACAUUUCCUACCACGUCCGCGCCUCGUACUUUGAGGUCUACAACGAACACGUCCGGGACCUCCUCGUGCCGGUGGUGCCCAACCAGCCGCCGUACUACUUGAAGAUCCGCGAGUCCCCGACCGAGGGGCCCUACGUCAAGGACCUGACUGACGUACCCGUGAGGAAUCUCAACGAGAUCUUGCGGUACAUGAAGGCUGGCGAUGCGAACCGGACAGUGGCGAGCACGAAGAUGAACGACACCAGUAGUCGAAGUCAUGCCGUCUUCACCAUCAUGCUGAAGCAGAUCCACCACGACAUGGAGACGGACGAGACUACCGAGAGAAGUUCUCGCAUCCGGCUGGUCGAUCUUGCAGGAAGCGAGCGUGCAAAGUCGACCGAGGCAACGGGGGCGAGACUCAGAGAAGGUAGCAACAUCAACAAGUCUCUGACCACACUGGGGCGAGUCAUUGCCGCGUUGGCGGAUCCCAAGGCCAGCCGGCCCGGCAAACGCAGCAGGGAUAUCGUCCCGUACAGAGACUCCAUCUUGACGUGGCUGCUGAAGGACUCCCUGGGCGGCAACAGCAAGACAGCCAUGAUUGCAUGCAUCUCGCCAUCAGAUUACGAGGAGACGCUGUCCACGCUGCGCUACGCGGACCAGGCCAAGCGCAUCCGCACCCGUGCCGUGGUCAACCAGGAUCACAUCAGCACGGCCGAGCGCGAUGCCCAGAUUGCUGCCAUGGCCGAGGAGAUCCGGAUCCUGCAGCUGUCCGUGUCUGAUUCGCGCCGGAGGGAGAAGGAGACGCUCGAAAGCGAGGAGCGGCUCGAGGAGUACCAGAACCGCGUCGUCGCGAUGCAGCGCAAGAUGGAGGAGCGCAGCCUCGUCGCUGAAGGCAAAAUCCGGUCCCUGCAAACGGAGAAUGAGGCGCUCCGGCUGCAUCUCAAGCUCGCGCUCGACAGCCUCAAGAACCCGAUUCCAGCAGUCCGCUUUGCGCCGUCCACGACGGCUGGAGAUGACAGUGGACUCGAGGAAGGCGAUCCUGACCAGGCUGACGCCGACAAGGAGAAUGCCCAGGAAGCCGGCAUGGAUGGGCUCGUGAACAAGAAAGCGCGCGGCACCAGCGACAGCGACCCCGCCGCUGGCAUGCAACAUGACAAGGAGAAUAUCCAGGCAGCAGAAGAUGAGGACCACGACGACGGGUACUCGUCCGGCGGCUACGACGACGACGACAACGACGACCACCACAAUGACAUGCAGGACUACAUGCAGGAACUGCUCAGCGACCUGACCAUGUUCCGGCGCAAGAUUGGUGACGACAAAGGGCGGUUCCUGGUGAGCAGGGAGGACAGCACGGCACGAACACCACUUGCUGAGCGGAAGAGCCUAGUCAAUAUCUGA